UUUAUAGAGUAUAUUGAUGAUCUUCCUGAGUAUCCAAAAACUGCACUAUGUGGAUAUACAUAUGUAGUUCCAUCACAUGGACUUUCAAAUACUGAAGUCAGCGCUCUAAUUAGUGAUUUUUUAAGCCAGUCUCUUCUAUCCCAUCAUCAUACCUUUGUUGAUGAAGACUUUUGGAAGCGUUUUCAAGACACACGCCAAAAUGUAGAGAUUUCGGAGACGGAUACUGCUAAACGGAACGCCUAUAGCUACUAUAGAGCAAAACAUAGGUUUUUUCAAAAUCAGAAGCCCUGUAUAGAAGAACUUCCAACCUGCAGACCUAUAUUCAAGCGCUCUACCCAGCCGAACUUAUAUGGAGAUCAUACACCCUACGUGGCCUGUAUUCAUGAGACUGGAGGCUUUUUAGAAAAGCAUUGGAGAACUGCAAUUCAGAGUCAUACAGUUCUCGAUUUUGCUUUUCUUGAGGAGCUUUUUAAUAAUAAUAUCAUACCACCUACAGAGGAUUGCAAUAUAUUUGAGUCACUAUCAUCACGGCGGAAAUACUGUGCGAAUUUAAAUUUAUAUCCUUAUUUUAUUUUUACUUCUCAUGGUAUUCAUAAACACCCUCCACCGCCGCCAACAAAAACACCAGGAAGAAUUCUUCAAGGAAUAAAACAGCUUGUUCAGCAGAUCCGUGACCCAAGUAUGACAACAGACCACUUGCUAAGUACUUGCAUAGCCCAGUUUCUUCGAAAUCCGCAGCUUGAGGAUUUUUGCCGCCAGUAUAAUGCAUCUACACUUACUGAGCUACAUCCAAGCUUUUGUAAUAAAGAUAAAAUUAGUCUUAUUAUUCAAAAGCAACGCCUUUUAACAAAUCCAAAUGGGCAGGAUGUUGAUGGACUGAUCUUUUUACUAAAUAUUGAUCCUUUCAUUCGUUCAUAUGUUCAAGACCGAUAUCAUGAUGCAGACGGAACUAUGAUUUUUUGUGCUUAUAAAGAGCAGCUUCAACUACUUGCUCGCUUGGAAUCAUUUGAGGUUGAUAUGUCAUACAAACGGCUUAGAUCAAACAACAUGAAUGAGGUUCUUUUUGCAACAUUCCUCAAGGAUCAGAAUAAAAAAAAGAUUACUGAAAAGCCUAUACUUUUUCAUUCUAUUCAUAACAGUGGAUUUCAUGGAGUGAUUCUUGAUAUGGAUACCAAGCAGUAUAGCGGUAAGAAUCUUAUUAAUUACUGA